AUGUUUGGUCGCCCAGCGCCCGACAUUUUUACAGGAGGAAGAGAGGCGGGGAUGGACGCCGAGGCUACAGACGAUGACUCAAAUAACGGUGCGAUCAGCGGAGCGGACUAUGCGAAGCAGAUCAAUGAUAAGCUCAAGGAAGUUCAUGAGGCAUGGGAUCUGGCGCGCACGAUAGAAGUGUCGAAACGAGCGGAUCGUUUCCGCAUUGGUGCGGAACAAUACCAUUUCGGCGAGGUCGGUCGGGUCUUGCGAGUCACGGCACUUGAGAAACCCGGCGGGCAUAAGGCAGUGGUUACAGGCCCAUUUACCGUUAAACGCAAGACUGGCCGUAACUAUUACGAGGUAGAUGGUAUCGAUACUAAUGUUCCGGGGCACCAGCUGCGGCCCAUGAUUACGGAUCCAGAACUUCGUCGAGGUCUUCCUGAUGAUCAGCGUCCAAGAGUUAUACUCGGCGGCAGAAAUCUCGUCAAGAUCCCAUUUCAAGAACUGACGCCAGGCACGAUCAUUAUGU